CUUCUUUGUCUGUUUCUAUUAGUUUAAAUUUUUUCUAGUAACUUAAGAGAGAGUAUAAACACCACAAGGUUUAAAUUCGGUUCGAAAAUAAAAAACGCAACAAUCUCUAUAAAACACACAUUUUAGCUGUGGAAAAAAAAAAUAUAUAGAUUACAAAGAAACGUUUUAUUAUUUAUUCGAGUGGGACGGUAGAAACAGCAAAAAAGAAGAAUCUUACACAUUAUUAGUCUGGAAUGCCAAAUUCAGAGUCGCUACUACUUCCAGAAUCUAUUGGGAAACGCGUUGAUCCAACCUAUAGUAAAACACUACAAGCAAGACUCCAAGAGUUACUGCAUAGUCAAAAUGAUUGCUUUCCCGGAUCACAACCUGUCAGCUUUGAAUCCAAGCAUUUAGAUGAUAUACAGCGUGAAGACUAUUUCGUAUGUGAAAAAUCUGAUGGUGUACGUUAUUUAUUGUUCUUUCUUCAUUCAUCUAAAGUAUGACAGAAACAAGUACUGGUAUUAUGUUCCCAAUUUAUUAUUUCCUUUAAGAGGUAGAGAUAAUGAAUAUCUAAAAGAUACCUUGAUGGAUGGUGAACUGGUGUUGGAUAUUGAUCAACACAAGAAAACAUGGAGAUAUCUUAUAUUCGAUCUAAUGGUAGUCAACGGUUCAACAAUAAUACAACGUUCGUUCAGUACUCGACUUGGUAUGCUGCAACAAGAUGUCAUCCACCCAUUUAAUGUUAGGAUGCGCACACAAACAGAUCCAUCCAACCUACCUCCAUUUACGGUGGAAUUGAAAAAGAUGGAGAGAUCAUACGGGUUACAUUUAGUAUUUGAGCAAAUACCCAAAUUAAAGCACAAGAGUGAUGGUAUUAUCUGGACUCCUGUCAAAUACCCAUAUACAUCCGGCACCUGUGAAAAACUACUCAAGUGGAAACCACCAGAGUUGAAUACAGUGGAUUUUCGAAUUUCAGCAAAGUGGAGCAAAGAGCAUAAACCGAUUUAUUCCAUCGAGGUUUUAUCCAAUGGCGUAACUUAUAAAUUCUAUGAUCAUUUUCAGCCUGAACCUGCGUUAGCCACACAGUGGAAAAGUCAGUUACCUGAUGGACGUAUAGCCGAAUUUAGGUAUGAUUCAGACUGUGAAGUGACGAUUAUUGAGCAAGGAUACGCACCCACUGUAAGAAAAGGUGGCUGGAGAUUUGUGCGAUUCCGGGAUGAUAAAAGUACAGCCAACGAUGAAAUGGUAGUGAAGAGGAUUCGAAAUAGCAUACAAGAUGGAGUGACAAAGGAACAAUUAUUACUAUGCAUGGAUCGAGUACGUGCUGCCUGGAAGGCAAGAGAAAAAGGAUUACCGAUGCCUGCCCUACACCCAAAACCCACACCUUUAUCCUUGUCUCAUAUAUCACCCACAUCUUCCGCAUUAAACACACCCACUUCCAACAUGCUUCAGUCACCCUCUGCAACCCCAUCUGGUUAUUUUCAAAGAGAAGAUGCAGCGACCGGUGUCAUCAGCAGGAGUAACUCUAUUUCCGAAGAAUCACCUUCAACAAAACGAAAAUCAUCCAUCACCACCCCUCUCAACGUUGAGUCUGAUGAUUUAGCAGAAAGGAAACGAUUAAAGCCAGUGGAUGAAGAGGAAGAGGAGGAGGAGGGGAAGGAUGAAAAAUUGAAGGAGGAGGAAGUGCAGGAGGAAAAAUCUAUACCUGUUGAAAGUAAUGCACCACAAGCAUCAACACAAGUGAUAGCACCAGCAGUAAUUACAACACCAAUAACACAGCCAUUAGCACCGGCACCAGUACCGCCACCAACCUCACAACCACCAACGAAUAUAAUAGCCCAACCAGGAUCGCCUCGACGACGUAAAAUCUCGAUUGUAAAGAACGAUGUAAAGAAAGUGCAGACAAAUGAAAGUGCCGAAGCGUCUCCACCAGUGACGGAAAAGAAACAACGUAAAGCCAAUGUUUCGAAACGAACAGCCUCAGCACCCACGGUAUUUAUUAAGCAAAAGGAACGAAGUCCACCAUUAGCAACGUCUCCUAAACCACUCUUACCACCGCCAUUAGAUUCACAUAACCGUCGAUCUAAAUCUAUACCACAACAAAAGGAAGCGAAAAAGAUGAAACCAUCCUCCUCUUCUUCUAUUCAUAAUCUGUUAACGACCUCAGUGGAACCUGGUACGCGAGCUUAUAAUUUCUCUGCCAUCCUGCAAAAGGACGAUAUUCCGGCCACUGUACAACCGCAACAACCUGUGCAAUUUAUUAAUUUUCAUGCAGAGGGUCGAAACCAGGCAACAAAUAAUAAUCACAUUAUGAUCAUUCGUAGUGAAUCUCAUAGUCAGGCAACGCCGUCACCACCACCACCACCACCACCACUAAUACAAGCUGCACAUCCACCACCUCUCAAACCGCCUCCACCACAACCUACAACACAGUCUGCUUGGAAAAAUAACGCGUUUGCCAAUCAUCCUUAUCACCCUCCCUAUCAGCAAGAAUAUUAUCAGCCCUAUCGUCAGCAACAGGUUGCUCAUGAAUAUCAGCCCCAACUGCAGCAGCAGCCAUCACUACCACCGCAACCACAGCCGGUACAGCGUGUACAGCAGAUACAACCACAGCAGACACAGCAGACACAGCAACCACAGCAGCAGAUACAGCCAUUGCAGCGCCAACGUCAACCACUACCACAACCACCCAAAAGAAAAAACAGUCAAAAAGCUAAACUUGAUUUUAUUUUGAAUUAAAUGUUGUCAAAUAAAAAAAACAUAUGGUACCAAUCAAAAA